UACUGUCUGUCAUAUGGUUGUAGUUAUAAACACAGAAAUAUUUAUUUAUGGUUAUAAAGAAAUCUGAGAAAGAUUGUUUUAAAAACCACAUAUGCUGUAAGUUUGUCAAGUACUAAUUUUAAUUAUGAUUGAUUUAUAUUAUAUCGGAGGAAAAAUAUUUGUCUUCAAUGUAGACCAUUGGUCUGAACUCAGGAAAAAAUUCAGGAUCAUUGGAGAAAUCAUUGGAAAUAGCAGUCAUGUUCCAGCACUCCCUUUGAAAGUAUCUCCGGAAGAGGCUUUCUUACUGUUUCAAAAGAAAAUUGCCAAUAUCUUAGAAAUAUCAACAGAAACACUAAAAAAUAAUAGAGACAAAGAGGUGAUGAAAGACUAUGAAGAUGGACUAUUUAGGGCUCAAGUAGAAGAAUAUAAAAAAAUUCGAAGAAUUCAGUUGGAAAAUAUAAUUGAUAAAAUUGUUGAAAAUAGAAGGAAGGUUAAUGAUAAUCGCAGUGCUGAUGAAAUACUAAAGGAAGAACUGAAAAAAUCAUCAUCAAUGACAAAAGAUAAUAUGAUAUGGCCAAUAAUGUCAGCCCCGAGUAAUGUAACAAAAUUAGACUCCACAUUACUCUCUGAGGAUGAUCUAUCUAAACUCACAUCACAGCUGAAAAGAAAUGUAUUUAGAGACCUUUGGGAAAGGGGUUACUAUAUUACGCAAGGGGCUAAAUUUGGUGGUGAUUUCUUGGUUUAUUUUGGAGAUCCCAUAUGCCAUCAUGCAAUAUUUAUUGUCAAAUGUGUAGAUAAUCUGAAACUUCUGUCACCAAGUGAACUUGUUGCCUUAGGAAGGCUAGGGACGUCUGUGAAGAAGAAAGCAGUUCUGGCCUCGUUGGUGGAUGAUAAAGUUUCAUAUAUAACUAUUAAUUGGAUAGAUUCAUGAGACAUAUCUGAUACUAAUAUGUUGAUAGAAUAAAUGUACUGGUUGAAGUACUGUCGGAAAAAGGAAAGAUGAGGAAGAAGGAAUUCAAAGAGAGUUUUAGGAAGAAGGAGAAAUGUUUCCUGCGAAUGUAGAUUUCAAUUUAUUUCUAAUAUAAAAUAAUCCAAGUGGAACAAAACAAAAUGAUAGAAAUGUAAUUAUAUUAUUUUCCUUAAAAAUUAGUAGUAUCAAAUAUAUAAAUAUUUUCUAUUCUAAACAUCCAAUAUCAAUUAUGGUUUCAUCAGAACUCACUCUCAUCCAAUCAUUUUAAAAUACUUUAGUAUAUUCUGAAUCUGACGUUCAAUCUCCAAGAAAAUAUCAUGAAUUUCUAUUUUUUAUACAAACCAAAAAAUAACUACCUGGUAUGUCAGCCUUUUUGGUGACAAUUGCACCAAUGUGCAAGGUUUUCUAAAAUAUUUUAUGUAUAUUGGAAAAGUUUGUUUUGGAAGAUCUUUCUUUAAUAAAUCCCUGUUAGUUUUAUUUAAAAUAUUGAUUGUUGUAAUACAAUUAAUCAUGCACAAUUGAUUCAAACAACUUAGAUGUGAUAGAAAAACAGACAGGUCUAUAAUUCUUAGGCAAUUGUCUGUUACCAGAUUUGUGUAAAGGGACAACAUAGGCUUGUUUUCAGAAUUUGGGAAAAUAUUUCUGAGAGAUCUAUUGAAAAUUAGGAAGAGUGGGUGUCAAACUUUCUGAACACUUUUUGAUAAAAAAAUUUUGAGAGAUGAGUGGGUAAGACAAAUCAAGUAUGUGGUAAUUGCAAAUAUUUUAAUAACUGCUAUUGGUAGAAUCUGUUUAUUGGAAUUUUAAGGGUUGAAGAAAAAUCAUCAGAAAAUUCACAAAUGGUUUCACCGUUGGUUACUGUACUGUCAUUUGCUUUUAUCGAUGUUAUUUUGUAAUCCAAGUUCACAAGUUUAUACAUUCGUUUAUAAUUUUUGUUAAUGACAUUAAAAAUUUAUCACAAAUAUUUGGGACUUGCUUUCCUCUUGAUCUCCUAAUUAAUGUAUAUUGCAUUGAGAAUGCUCCUUUGGAAUAUGUAAAAACAUGUAAUAUGUAGUAGAGCAAUGAAGAAUUCACAUUUACUCUAUAAUGGCAUAGUACUUUACUGUUAUAAGAUCAAUAUUAAAGUGCCACAAUAUGUAAUGGUCAGAACAGAGGAAAAAUAAAAGAUGAAUUCAACAAUCAACGCAUUUAUUAAAUUCUACAAAAUGGACUGAAUCACUAAGGUAAAUUUCAAAGUUCAAUUGUAACAAUAACACAUGUUCUAUAAUAGUAUAUUGAAACAUUGUGCUUGGACUUGAUGAAUUGAGCAUAGAACGGACAAUCUAAAAUAUACACCUCUCAAAAG